AUGAAGGACGUCUUGCUGAAUCAUGUCCACCCUACAACAAAUAACCCUGCCCUCCGUGGGAAGAAGCACGCGGCCGCCGCCAGACAACCACCCGAGCACCUCGCCCUCGACACCCUCUCGCGUGCCUUGAAAUCUGCAAACGCCUACGUGCAGUCUUGGCGAGAUGGCUUGACGCAACAAGAGCGCGCGCACCGUUCCAAAGUCGAGGAGCGCCGCCAGAUCCUCUGCUUGCGCAUGCAGAACGCAGAGUCCAGAACCCAAUGGCAGGAUGCCGCUGAGGAACUCGACCUGCUUGAGCGCAACGACCAGUGGAAGCUGCAACUCGACCCUUCGACACCCGACUACAACCCCCAGCUGAUCGAGGCCCGCCUCAAGGAUCUCGACGACGCUCGCGUCAACUGCGAUGUGCGUGCCAUGCUCUACCUCGUGCGCACUGCCCUCGCCCGCGAUCUCGGCGGCAUGGGCAACGUCGACCUCUACCGACACUCGUACGUCGGCACAAAGCACCUGAUUGAGCGCUACGUCGCCUCCGCCUUGCAGACCAUCGAGGCCCUCGUCGACAUGAGCCACCGCGCGCUCCCUGACGGCCUCUCGCAGCGCGACAUCCUCGAGAACGUGUUGCUCGCGCGCCAGAGUUUCGGCCGUAGCGCUCUCCUGCUCAGCGGCGGUGCUACCUUUGGCAUGGCGCACAUUGGUGUGCUCAAGGCCCUGUUCGAGGUGAAGCUGCUGCCGCGCAUCAUCUCUGGCGCCUCGGCCGGCUCCAUCGUCUGUGCCGUCAUGUGCACACGAACGGAUGAGGAGAUUCCCGACGUCAUCCGAGCAUUCCCCUACGGCGAUCUCAACGUCUUUGAUGGUCUCGAGAAGCCCGACACCGUUCUCGAUCAUAUUCGCAGGCUCCUGACCGAGGGCAGUUGGUCAGAUAUCUCUCAUCUCACCCGCGUCAUGCGCGACUUGCUCGGCGACAUGACCUUCCAGGAAGCCUACAACCGCACGCGGCGCAUCCUUAACAUUUGCGUGUCCACCGAGUCCAUCUACGAACUGCCGCGCCUGCUCAACUAUGUCACGGCUCCCAACGUCAUGAUCUGGUCGGCCGUCGCCGCCUCAUGCUCCGUGCCACUGGUCUUCAGUGCCGCUCCCUUGCUCGUCAAGGUUCCCGACACGGGUGCCCACAUGCCCUGGAACCCGACGCCGCAAAGAUGGAUCGACGGCUCCGUCGAUAACGACUUGCCCAUGACGCGCCUCGCCGAAAUGUUCAACGUCAAUCACUUCAUCGUCUCCCAAGUCAACCCGCAUGUCGUUCCCUUCCUCGCCAAAGAUGAUCGGCUCGAUCCCACGACGCCGCACCUCCGCCGUCAGGCCAACAACGCGGCCACAUCCACAGCCGCCAAAGACGGCGCCGACUGGGUUUAUACCAUGACCGCGCUCGCCAAAGACGAGGCUCUGCAUAGGCUGCAGUUCCUCGCCGAGAUUGGUUUCUUUCCCAACCUCGCCACCAAGCUUCGAAGCGUCCUCAGCCAGAAGUACUCGGGCGACAUCAAUAUUCUUCCCGAGAUCAGCAUGAAUGAGCUGCCCGGCCUUCUCAGCAACCCUACCAGCGAUUUCAUGAUACGUGUGUGCCUUCUCGGCGAGCGGGCUACAUGGCCAAAGCUCAGCAGGAUAAGAGACCGAUGUGCCAUUGAGCUGGGCCUCGAUCAUGCCGUCCACCGUCUGCGAGCCCGCGUGGUCUUCUCCGCCAGCCAGGUCGACCUGCGCCGCCUCGCCACCGGCCUGGUCGUGCCCCCACCUUGGCCUUUCCACGCGCUCCCUACCCGCCAGGGCGACAGUCAGACGCUGUCUCUCGACGUGUAUACGGGCGUCGCCCAGAAACCCCCUCGCCAACGCCGGUCCUCGGGCAGCAGCCUCCAGCUCUUGGCGCACCACCGUCGCAUGAUGCUGGAAAACGUUCUCACGGACGAAGAGACGGAGGAGGAGGAGCGGCUCGAGAUGCGCGCGCGGCACGGCGGCGGCGGCAGCACAUCCCCCGUGCUCGUGCGCAAGCCGAGGCUCAAGCGCUCAGCCAAGAGCCAGAGCUACUUCAACACGGCGUUGCUGCGGUCUGCGGCGGCGGGUGAGGUCCGAAAUGAUCGGGUCUUGGAGAAGAGCUUCGACUUUGGAACGGCACCGACACCGCCCGGCCGCCAGCGAUCGCCCACCGAGGAGGUCGAGACGUCGGAAGUGCAGAGCUGGUCCGAGGCCGGCGGGAGUGACGAGACCGUGUCAGACGUCGAGCCAUAUGAGAGCAUGGGGGAAGCAGCCCGAUAA